UGCUGAUGGGUUGGUGUGCAUCAUGGAAGAGUGGAAUUCUUCUUUUAAAGGGAAAACCCGCCGUUGUCGUGGGUUAAGUGGAAAAGACCGAGACUUGUCAACGCUGUCUUGAUGGGUGGGCUCUGAGAAUUACAGGGCUUACGGUGGGGGGUCAGUCCCCAUUCCACUCAAGUGUGCUUCACAGUGGACCCACCAAUGAGGACAUUGUCACAACGUAGUCACAAGUUCUUCCAAAUUACUGUCCCAUCCUUGUUUCCAUCGUAGAUACAAUAACUCAGCUUUGUAGUUGACAAAUAUAUAUUUUUUUUCCAUCAGUAUCCCACUUUAUCCAUAGUUACUGUGUGGGGUGUUUCAAUACAGAUCACUCAUAACCUCCUUCACAGGUACAGAAGUUAGGAGCUGACUUCAGUACUAGGAGACCAGUGGAUCUUGAACUUCAGUCUGUAACAUACUGUGUCAAAUUCCCUCGAGGGGUAUUUUUCAGGUUGCUAGAUGUCACCUCAAACUCAACCAGUCAGAAUUUGGAAGUGAGAACUAGCACUCUCCCUCUUAAGGAAGCUUUAAAAAGAUUUAAAAAACAAAACAAAAACCAAAGGGGGGAAAAAAACCACUGAGUCUACUUUAGGUAGAUUAUAAUGGGAGCUUACUUAUUCUAGUUGGCAGACCAGAGACUUUUGCUUGUGGGGGUGCAUCAUGAGUGGAGGAAUUGAACUCAAACCCAGAGGAGCAACGUGCCUGAGCCUAUUUUACAGUACUGGAAAGUAGCAGUUUGUUUUGGAUUCCCUGAAGUCUUUGUUAACAGGGAGCACAUCUGGUGUGAUGAAGAGGUUUAGAUUAUAAUCUGAGUAGAGAGACAGGUCUAGACCCAGUCACUACCACUUUCUCGCCCUUAGCACUCUCUUCCCAGGAUUCUCUCCUUUCCCAAGAGAAGAGUGCAGAAGGAGACGUGGCUGCUCUGAGACUCACAGCCAGACCCCAGAGCCCAUCUAGAGACCUGAGUUCUAAUUCUAAGAAACUAAUGGACUCAGUAGGAAAUAUUUUCUACUUACCCAUAGUACCUCUCUUCUCCAUCUAGUAUUUCUUGUCUCUCUCCAGGCAGGAAGCCGUGACAUUCAAGGACGUGGCCAUGGACUUCACACCUGAGGAAUGGGGGAAACUGGAUCCUGUACACAGGGACGUGAUGCUGGAGAACUACAGGAACCUGGUCUCACUUUGGCUUCCUAUUUCCAAACCUGAUGACUACGAUUCGGAAGAUGGGAAAGAACUGUUGAAGCUCGAGAGAAAGUCUCCCAAGUGCAGCGACUCAGACGUGGAAACCAGACCCGAGAGCAAGGAGUCAACCUCAGUGCUAGACUUUCCCAAAGAAGAAUCAGACAAACGGACACAAAAAACUGCUUUCGACCCCCAUGUGGAAACUGCUCUUGAGUGCGAGCAUUGGUUGGAGCCGCAGCAAGGGAAUCGGGAGAAGCACCCAAGACAAGUGUCCACUCACCCGAACUCCCUCCCUGAAGAAGGAGAUAGUGAAUGUGAUGUAUAUUGGAGAAAUUUCAGUCAGAAACCUUGCCUUAUGACUGAUGACAGAGAUCUGGAAGGAUCCUGUGACUUCCACACGCUUGAGGAAAGACUGAAGCAGAAAUCAAAGUUCAUGAAAAAGCAGAGACCUUAUAAAGACAAAAAGCCUCAUAAAUGUGAUGACUGUGGUGAACUCUUCACUUACCAUUCAGUACUGAUCCGACACCAGAGAGUCCACACUGGAGAGAAACCCUAUUCCUGCAGUGAGUGCGGGAAGUCCUUUAGCCACAGAGCCAAUUUAACUAAACACCAGAGAACCCACACCAGAGUUCUCUUCGAGUGUGGUGAGUGCAAGAAAACCUUCAUAGAAAGUUCAGCCCUCGCGGUACACCAGAGAAUUCACAUCGGGGAGAGACCUUAUGAAUGCGGCGAGUGCGGGAAAGGCUUUAACCGAAGUACACACCUUGCCCAACAUCAGCUGAUUCACACUGGUGUGAAGCCUUACGAGUGUAACGAGUGCGACAAAGCCUUCAUUCAUUCAUCAGCUCUCAUUAAGCAUCAAAGAACUCAUACUGGAGAGAAGCCCUAUAAAUGUCAAGAGUGUGGGAAAGCCUUCAGCCACUGCUCGUCUCUUACGAAGCACCAGAGAGUUCACACGGGAGAGAAGCCAUAUGAGUGUAGCGAGUGUGGGAAGACUUUUAGUCAGAGCACUCACCUUGUUCAGCACCAGAGAAUUCACACUGGGGAGAAGCCCUACGAGUGCCACGAAUGUGGGAAAACAUUCAGCCGGAGCUCAAAUUUUGCGAAGCAUCAAAGAAUUCACGUUGGAAAGAAACCCUAUAAGUGUGGAGAAUGCGGGAAAGCCUUCAUUCAUUCAUCAGCUCUUAUUCAACACCAGAGAACUCACACUGGAGAGAAGCCUUUUAGGUGUAAUGAGUGUGGGAAAAGCUUCAAGUGCAGCUCAUCCCUCAUCCGACAUCAAAGAACCCACACUGAAGAGCAGUCCUGAAGAGGUGCCGAGUGUUACGGGAAAGUUGGCUACGUCGCUGGGUUUAAUAUUUGAAUGUUGAAAUAGAAGGACCACAAUGUGACCCUGGGGAGUGUCUGUGUGUAUGAUUUCCCUUGUCCGGUAUAUAACUUUAGAACAGCAGAUGAAGAAUCCCUUAUACUCAUUGGCUUGAUAAUAGUGAAAAGCCCUGGCUAUAAUUCUCAAAAUGUUUCUUCUCGGUUUUCCAAAUGCCCAAUUUUAAAUUCAAGAAAUGCUUGGGAGACGGUAAUACUGUGAACAUCACGAAAUCUAGUUUCCCUGUGCUUAGUCACAGCAGGGUAUGCUGAAGCCUUCCCUUUAGUAAGGAAAUCUUUUCUUUUGUAGAUUAGGCUUGAGACACACAUUCUUAUCCUCAGGAAGAUACACAGUUGUUACUCUCAAUGCAAAGACAGACAAACCUACCACAUCAUUUCCUUCAAACUAAAUGAAGGUGGAGAGAUGAGAACAGCUUAGGAUUCCAUCCCCCACCAAGAGCGUCUAAUUUGAUGGAUAUAGAUUCUAGGUUGGGUGUACAUGAACUGUAUUGGUCACUGAUUCACAUAAAUGGCAUUGUUAUCCUUUUGUUUGGAAAAUUCUCCGGUUCCUUGGGAUCUACCCUACAGUACCUAGCAGAUCAGAGUCUCCCCUUUCCUUUUGUGUGCCAAAGUCCUCUUUUCUCAUCUUUGUCACUCAUGGAGCCCUUGGCUUUUGGUAAGCAGGUCAUCAAGGAGAGUUCCUUCUGAUACAUUAUUAAGCUUCUGGUGCACUAUCCUCUGUGACUUUUAGAAAGUCCUCUGGGUGUGUUGCAGUUUGACCAUGUGAAAAGUUGAUGGGGGUCAAUGUAUUAUUUGGUUUAGGGUCCCAGGCAAGAGAAUGCUGAGGUGACUGUGUGGUACCCCGGCUUCCUCUCCAGCAUAGAAAGAAGCUCUCAGGGCAGCCCUGACGUGACCUGCCCAAGGAUAAACAUCUUUUUCUCCGACCUAUCUGGCCUUCAUGCUUACAUUAUUUUAUUACUCUUAUCAUCCAUACAUUAGUUGGUCUUUACCCCUGGCCUCUUAAGUAAACAUGCCAUGAAAUCAUAAUGACCUAUUACUGUAAUUUACAUAUGUGACCAAAAGCCAUUGAGAAGAUGGGAAACACAAAAACAAAGUAACUAUGAGUAAAACAACACACAGUGCCAGGUUUUUAAUUAUUCUAUUCUGUAUUGUAGGUUAUAUAUAUAAGAAUAAAAUUAUAGGAAAAGUAA